AUGGCAGACUACAGCUCAGAGGAGCUGUUCAUGGAUAUGCUUCUGCACAACUUCCCCAAAACAAGGCACCCUUACGACACCAUCACCAUGGCCAUGAUUCUAGCCCCGUCUUUUGCGUCGGUGAUCUGCAGCGAAAAGGUCCACAUGCCCACGCUUCUUUCAGAUCUUGUCACUUUGGUGCUUGUGGCGUGGGUUGUCCGUUUCUUCUCCAACUGGCCCGAACGCUGGGUCAGACACUUGAAGCAGGUGAGAACAAGCUUGUUGAAUUUCGUGAAUCUGGUGAAGAUCGAAAUCGGCCAGACCUUCUUCCUACCGGAGAUGGCGCUCAACAGAAGGAUUUUUGUGAGUAACUUGGUGGUGGCGCAGAGACUCAUCAGACUUGAGCAGUUUGCCUGGCUCGGCGGUAUUGGUGGUACCGUUGCUGGCGCUGCGUUGAUGUGGAUCACAAGAAACUACUUGAUCUCCUCGGAUAUCUACAACUCACAGGUCUUCUCCAACCCUACAAUUCUUCUCUAUGUUGUGUGGAGCUUCUUCAAGCUUGCGCUGCAAUACUUGGACUCCCUCAAGGCCUCCAUCACGUUUGCAAAAACAACCACUUCUGAGAGCUGUGUCACCGAAAACAACCUUUCCUACUACAUCGAUAUGUUUUGCCUGGAGUCGCCCGUGGAACUACCCACAAUGAGCCCAAAGCAGCAAAAGGAGGAGCUUUCAAAGGUGGAGUCGCCUUUCACGCCAAAGAAGCUCAACAUGAAGGCCAAGACGGCUGCUAAUAGGACCCCUUCCAAGCCAGCCACAAAGCCCAAAAGGUCCUCCCGUCUAGUAAUGAUUCCAGAGACGCAAGCUAUGAAGCCCAAGUCGUGCUUCAGCGAUGCGAAGAAGGUCCCAAAGCUGGAAAAGCCAAAGUCUGUCUCGUUUACCCCGUUUCCCCUAACAGGCACAAGCUUCAGAAGGAAGGACGACUCUCAGGGUACCCUUUCGCCAAUUGUCGAGGACCAAGAGCAGACUCAAGAGAGUAUCGUCGAGGAGCCAGUCAAGCGCUCGUUGAAGGAAGAGUUGAUGGUGGCUAAAGCCAAGACGGAGCCAUUAAAUAAGACCUUGGAACAGCCAUUCGAGGAGCCAGCGCUGAAGAAAAACCCAGGCAGAGUAAGUGUGACAGGUAUCACCAUCCCCGAGUCCAAUCCCUCCCUUACCCGCCAGCAAUUCAGAGAAUUGCAUCUCAAAGAUAUGAGUACUCCACUGCCCCUGACCCCGUCGCUGCCAGUGCUGCCGCUCAAGGUUUUUCGUUCCCACGACUCCGACGAAGCUCUCAGCCGUAUGGAGAGAAUCACCGACUCCCACAAGCAGAGGGUCCAAGACGACUGGAGCGAGGUGCGUUCGAAAUUAACUAAUCUCAAGGAGAGCUGCUACGAAUCAGCAUGGCACUACGCUGAGACUGCUCGCCAGAUGGAUAUGCUGGAGCUUUUUAGCGUGUGGUUUCUUGCCAAUGUGUUCGUGCUUACGCCCUUGUGGUUGACCUUCAGAAUGGUGUUUAUGUUGUUCAGGCUUCCUAUCAUGGCAACACAGCUCUAUAUCUCGCUCACGCUUUUCAUUCCUAUUGUGAUCUUCAAGAUCACCAUCGUGGCGCCAGCCAGACUUCUUGUGAAGUUCAUGAGCGACUCUAACUACAAGAACAUCAGCUUCUACGAUUACCGGAUGUCACACUCACUUCCCCUUCUUCGUGACCGCGUGACGUUGAAGUUGCUAAGGAAGUUCUUGAAGCUCCUUCAGGUGGAGAUUGAGGAUUCAGCACGUUCGAAUCCUAGCCCUGUUGAGGUUUUGUGA